UAUUUUGUGCUAACUAUUGUCACUCUACCAAUGUGAUGAAACUGUUGCGUGAAAAUCUGUGAUUUUGAAUAAUUUGUGCAAAUCAUCGUCUCUCCACUAAUUUGAAAAAAGUGUCAAAUGAAAAAUCAGUGAACUUCCCCUUUUUCUCUAAGCAAUAUCAUAUGUUUGUAUCCAACUAUAAAAACUGAACAGACACUGAUUUCUCUAAUCUACAAAUUUCACAAAUCCACAUGCCGAUACCGCGAGGCAGUACCCAACCACGCAGAUCUACCAUGAAAGAUGUUGAUGAUCCCAUGACUUACACCGCUAAUGUAUCCGUUUCAUCUGGCUUUUCUGAUCGGCAGAAAAAUCUUUUCAGCGUAUUACAAUCAGCUGAAAAGGAAAGGAAUGAAAAGUAUGGCUCUAAACCUCCUGAUCCCAAGUCAGUUGAUCACUGUCGCAACUUGAACAGUGAGGCCAUCAGGAGCAAACUUCAUGUCAGACAGUUUGUUGGUCAAGAAAGUAUUUUCAAAAAACCUUCUUUCCGCCCACCUAAAAACCACUUAAGACGUUCUGUCCCAGAUUAUCAGCUGAAUCCACAGAAAUGGACCAAGUACAGCCUCGCAGAUGUCCCUCAAAGUCAGAUGACGGAUCAAUGUAAUACAGCAACUGCAUUUUCGUUUUUGAAAGAACUAGAGGAUCGGAAAAAGAAGGAAAGCAUGCAAGAGACAAUCGACCUGGACAAUACCAAAAUACUGUUCAAAAAGACUUCAAAUGAUGAGGGCUGUUCAUCUUCAUCCUCUUCGAAACUUCCUGUCUCCUUCAAUAAAAGUAAAGUUGUAAUGCCAGAAUAUGUGGUCGGCCAAAAAAAGAGCACUAAAACCAAGAGGAAGAUUGUUGGAGAAACCUCCAAAAGCGAGUCCACUCAAAAGGCAAUAAAACUAGAUCAUCUCCUGGAAGAAGAGGAUGAAUAAAAUUUGAAUUUUUGUAAUUUAUGUGUAAAUUUUGUAUAAAUCCCUGUAUUUCACCUAACUGUAAUUAAAGUAUAAUUAUUGACUGUCAAGAAAA